AUGGGUAUGGAGCAUUUUGUAGGAACAGUGGAUCCUACAGCCGCUUAUGAUUGGAAGCUGAGUCUACAACGAAAGUUGGAGAAUAUUGACUGUCCCUCAGAGUUUAAGUUUAGAUUGGCUAUGCAGUACUUGCGUGGAGAUGCAUUGGUAUGGUGGGAGGGAGUGCGAUUGAACCGUGGGCCUGACAUUCUCACUUUUGCAGAAUUUUUUGAGGAGUUUGAUAGGAAGUAUUUUCCAAAGGAAGCUAUGGAUAGAAAGAAGAGGGACUUCGAGCAUGUGAGCCAGGGUGACUUGUCGAUCAAGCAGUAUGAGGUUAAGUUCAACCAGCUUCGCAGGUUUGUUGGAGGUGGUAUUCCUAAAGAGGAGUUGAUCAGGAAGUUUUUGGAUGGGAUGCGUUUGGAGAUUCGCAACAGGUGUGUUGUCGUCACUUACUAUAGAUUGGGAGACUUGGUGGAGAAAGCAGAUGAACAGGAAGCAUGUUGGAUAGAGGAGCAAAAACUUCACAAAUCAGUUCAGACCAAGUCUGGAAAGACUACAGAGUCUCAGAAGAAGACAUGGGACCAGCAAGAGACACCGAGUUGUGCUCGUUGUCAUCGUCAUCAUAAUGGAGAGUGCAUAAGGUGUCAUUCAUGUGGACGGACAGGCCACAUGUCGAGAAAUUGCCGGUUUAAACCAAUAAAUUCAGAUUUUGAGAGGCAGGUUGUUGCACAAGACAAGUCAUCUAAGGAUUGCUAUGGUUGUGGUCAGCCAGGUCAUAUGUUGAGGGAUUGCCCGACGAGGGAACAUGCAGAAGAUUUAUCGCCGCCUAAGCGCUAA